CAGUCUUCUCUAACCCACAGACCCACUCAAACCAAAAAUCAUCAUGAAACACCCUCUGCACCCAGCACUCCAAAAAAGCAUUUCUUCUCAUACAACUAUUUCUAUUUCUCAUCAUCAUCAUCAUAAUCAAAUUUUUUCAUCCCUUAAAUUUACCAUCUUUCACAUCUCUUCUUCCUCAUCCAAAUUUCCCAUAACCCAAAAACCAUGAAACUCUCUUUUUCUCUUCUUCUUCUUCUUCUUCUCCCUUCUUUCAAAAAAUCCCCUGUUUUCCUCUGUUUUUUCUUCACCAUUUCUCCAUUACUUGUUCAAGCAUCACCACCUCCAUUAAUCCCAAUUCAAGUUUUCUCUCUCCUCUCUCUAAAAUCAUCACUAAAUGACCCACAAAAUUCCCUCCAAUCUUGGAAUCCUACCCAAAUUUUAUCCAAUUCUUCCCCUCUUUGGUGUUCUUGGUCUGGCAUAAAAUGUGCCCAAAACACCUCCUUAAUCAUCUCUCUUGACCUCUCUUCCCGCAAUCUCUCCGGUGAAAUUCCGCCGGAAAUCCGCCAUUUAUCAUCUCUUAAAAACUUAAACUUAAGCAAAAAUUCAUUUGAGGGUAAUUUACCCACCUCCAUUUUUGAAUUAUCUGAGCUCAGAAUCCUUGAUAUUAGUCAUAACAAUUAUAAUUCCACUUUCCCAGAUGGAAUUUCCAAGCUUAAGUUUCUUAGACAUCUCAACUGUUAUAGUAACAGCUUCAUUGGCUCUUUACCAUUAGACUUGACCGGAAACCAGAAUCUUGAGUACUUAAACCUUGGUGGGAGCUACUUUAUUGGCAGUAUUCCGGCAGAAUAUGGCGGUUUUCCGAGGCUUAAUUUCCUGUAUUUAGCAGGAAAUAUGCUAAAUGGUUCAAUUCCAUCAGAAUUUGGUUUAUUGACCCAACUUCAGCAUGUUGAGAUGGGGUAUAACAAUUUUGAUGGAUAUAUCCCAAAAGAGUUGGGUAUGUUGUCCAAUCUUGAAUAUUUGGACAUCUCAAAUUGUAGCUUAUCUGGGAUUGUACCCCAAGAAAUUGGGAACUUAACAAGCUUAGCUACAUUGUUGUUGUUUUCCAAUAAUAUUUCUGGUGUGAUUCCUUCUAGUUUUUCUAACUUGAAAGGAUUACAAGUUUUUGAUUUAUCAAAUAACAAGCUUUCUGGUUCAAUUCCAGAGGGAAUUUCAGAGCUAAAGAAGCUGAGUUUUUUGAGUUUGUUAUGUAAUGAGCUAAGUGGGAAUGUUCCAGAAGGUGUUGGUGAUCUUCCUUUGCUUGAGUUUCUUCUUCUUUGGAACAAUGCACUUAAUGGGUCAUUGCCUUCUAGGCUUGGAACCAAUGGGAGGCUUCAGAAACUCGACGUUUCGUCGAAUCGCUUGACGGGUUUUUUGCCUGAACAACUUUGCUCCGGCAACACCUUGGAGAAGCUGAUUCUGUUCAAUAAUGGAUUCAGUGGUGAGUUACCAAGAUCACUUGUGAAUUGCUCUUCAUUGCUGAGGGUAAGAAUUGAGAAUAAUAUGUUUAAUGGGAGUAUCCCAUUUGGGUUUGGUCAAUUGCCUAAUCUUACUUUUAUGGAUGUUAGUAAAAAUAAUUUUAGUGGGAAGAUUCCUAGUGAUCUUGGGAUUGCACCCAAAUUGAGUAAUUUGAAUGUUUCUGAGAAUUUUUUUGGGAGUGAAUUGCCUGAUGGGAUUUGGGGAGGUCCUAGUUUGCAAAUAUUUUCUGCAUCUUUUAGUGGGAUUUCUGGGAAAAUCCCAGAUUUUAAAGGGUGCAAAAGUGUAUACCAAAUUGAAAUGGAAGGGAAUUCUUUGAAUGGUCCAAUACCUUGGGAUAUAGGACAUUGUGAGAAGUUAAUUGCAUUGAAUUUGAAGAAGAAUAUGUUAACAGGAAUUAUUCCUUGGGAAAUUUCUACUCUUCCUUCUAUUAAUGUGGUUGAUCUCUCUUAUAAUAAUCUUAGUGGUAGUAUUCCUUCAAACUUUGAUAAUUGUGGCACUUUGGAGAUUUUUAAUGUCUCAUUUAACCGUUUGACUGGGGCAAUUCCCUCUUCUGGGUCCAUAUUCCCUAAUUUACACCCAUCAUCAUUUAUGGGUAAUGAGGGUUUGUGUGGUAAUAUGCUCGGAAAACCGUGUGUGCCGGGUUCUCCGGUGGCCGGAGCAGCGGAUGCCUCGGAUAAGGAGCCUAGGAAGACAGCAGGGGCCAUUGUUUGGAUCAUGGCUGCAGCAUUUGGUGUUGGCCUAUUUGUUUUGAUUGCUGGUAGUAGGUGCUUCCAUGCAAAUUAUAGCCGUAAGUUUUCAGAGGGAAAGGAAAUUGGUCCUUGGAAGUUGACUGCCUUCCAACGGUUGAACUUCACGGCUGAUGAUGUGUUAGAGUGCUUGGCGAUGAGCGACAAGAUCAUCGGAAUGGGGGCCACCGGGACUGUGUAUAGGGCGGAGAUGCCUAGUGGCGACAUCAUAGCGAUCAAGAAGUUGUGGGGGAAGCAAAAGGAGACGUUGAGGAGGAGAAAAGGGGUGCUUGCGGAGGUGGAAGUGUUGGGCAAUGUAAGGCAUAGGAAUAUUGUAAGGUUGUUAGGGUGUUGUAGUAAUAAAGAAAGCACAUUGUUACUCUAUGAAUACAUGCCUAAUGGGAGCUUAGAUGAUUUGUUGCAUGGCAAGAAUAAAGGAGAGAAUUUGGUAGCAGAUUGGCUUACUAGGUACAAGAUCGCCUUUGGUGUGGCUCAAGGCAUCUCUUACCUACACCACGAUUGCGAUCCAGUUAUUGUUCAUCGUGAUCUUAAACCUAGUAAUAUCCUCUUGGAUGCCGAAAUGGAGGCAAGAGUUGCGGAUUUUGGGGUGGCUAAGCUCAUAGAAAGCGAUGAGUCUAUGUCCGUCAUUGCUGGAUCAUACGGUUACAUUGCGCCUGAGUAUGCUUAUACAUUACAAGUCGAUGAGAAGAGCGACAUCUACAGUUACGGGGUGUUGCUACUAGAGAUUUUGUGUGGAAAAAGAUCAGUAGACUCAGAAUUUGGUGAAGGAAAUAGCGUGGUAGAUUGGGUGCGCACGAAAAUAAAGAUGAAGAAUGGAAUCCAUGAUAUCUUAGACAAAAAUGCAGGGUCAUCUUGUACAUCAGUAAGGGAAGAAAUGAUGCUAGUGCUUAAAGUGGCAUUACUUUGUACUAGUCGCAACCCUGCAGACAGGCCAUCCAUGAGAGAUGUUAUAACAAUGUUGCAAGAAGCUAAGCCUAAGAGAAAAUCUCCUACUUUAGCAAGAGGUGAAAGUGGUGAUCAUGUUAUAGAAAUCAAUGGUUGUGAUGAUCAUGACAAGAGUGAUGUAGCUACUUUAGGAGAAAAAAAGUAGGGAAAAUUAUGUUAAUAGUAGUACUAAUCUUUUCUCUAUUUGAGAUUUUCCUCUUCUUUUUUUUUUCGUGUUUUUGUUUUUUAUGAUUCAAAUUGUGGGGGUGGGUAUAGAAAUAGUUUUAUGAAGUGAAAUUUGAUGGAAAUUAGAAGCAAUGAUUUCAUCACUACUAAUUAUUAGAAA